AUGAAUGGAUCAGAAUGGUCUGCUCCUCCCAGAUAUAUCUAUGCGAAUGCGGGUCAAUUGCACAAGCCAAACAGUUCUACUAUCGUUGAAAACAGAAUGAUGAUGCCGAAUGAGCCACGAGUUAUUCCAAUUCGUCGGCUUGACACUAGUUAUGAACCUCGCGGAAGGGCUCCUGCUUCAUCGAAUUCCGACCAUUAUAAUAACGAAGUGACGUCCUGGAGCGAUGACAUUCGAUACGAACAAAGAGGGAAGACUGAAUACAUUGACGCCUACGAUGAAUACGAGCCUAACCAUUUUCGUGAAAGAGAUUACUCUAGAGAUAGAGAAACACGAAAUCGUGGUCGACCAGUCAACCAAACACCCGCAAGAAGUCACAGCUCACACGCAAUGGCUGUUCAUGACAGGACUUUCCGAGUGGAUGAUCCUGUAAGCACUGGUGGAGCAAUGGUGGGUGACAGAUGUGUAUGGGUUUCUGAAGGCGGCCGUCACAAGGGCACUAUAAAAUUCAUCGGCCAUCUCAAGGGACAUAGCAACCUUUACGCCGGCGUGGAUUUUGAUGAAAAAGUCGGUAAAGGUACAGGCGUCUUCCAAGGCGAGGUGCUGUUCCAAACACCAGAGGAUCAUGCGGGUUUCGUGCUUCUCUCUGCUCUGGAUAUCAUUCCACGUGCAAAUGUUACGACGGCAAACGCUCAUAAUCGACAUAUCUCGUUGAUUCAAAAACAGGCUUCCGCGGAAUCCCUUCGUGACAUGCCAUUGCCUCCUGUGCCUCCACGACCGCAAAUGCAGGCGGAAGACUACAUGAUUGACUCCUUUACCGUAGGAAGCUGUGUAGAAGUGUGCCAUCUCGGUGCUUGUCGUUCGGGAGUCAUCAGGUGGAUUGGUGACGCAAUGAGCGAUGAUCAUGAUCACAUUGAACGAAGUGCAGUAGUUGAAUUGGAUGAUGUCUCUCCCUCCGGCUGGCGUCCUGCUUACGAAGCACCUAUGUCAAGUGCAGCUGAUGUUAUGAACGGUGUUCUUGUGCCGACGUCCGCACUUGCGACGAGAUCGUAG